AAUAAACAGAAAUUCCAACCGGCAGUAGGGUUUUGUUGUUUGCUUUGUGACGUUUCCGAUUUGAAGCAGAGCAAAAGGCAAAGCCCUAAGUUUUGCCGAAUUUUUUGUCAAUUGAAGAGAAAAUGGCGGCGAAGAAGCCCGAGCUGCAAUUGUACAACACUACGACGAAGGAGAAGGAGGUAUUUAAGCCGAUUGUUGAUGGUAAAGUUGGGAUGUAUAUUUGCGGCGUCACCUCCUACGAUCUCAGCCACAUCGGCCACGCGCGCGCCUACGUUGCUUUCGAUGUUCUCUACAGAUAUCUCAAAUAUUUGGGCUAUGAUGUUACGUAUGUGCGGAAUUUCACUGAUGUUGAUGACAAGAUUAUUCGUCGAGCGAAUGAGGUUGGUGAAGACCCCAUAGCAUUGAGUGGGCGGUUUUGCCAAGAGUUUCUUAAUGACAUGGCUGAUCUCCAGUGCCUUCUGCCUACCGACCAACCACGUGUUACUGAUCAUAUGGAGCAAAUCAAGGAUAUGAUAGCUAAGAUUAUUAGCAAUGGCUGUGCUUAUCCUGUUGAUGGAGAUGUUUACUUCUCUGUUGAUAGUUUCCCAAAUUAUGGUCGUUUAUCGGGGCGGAAGCUAGAAGAUAAUAGAGCUGGAGAACGGGUUGCUGUAGAUACAAGGAAGAAAAAUCCUGCUGACUUUGCUCUGUGGAAGGCUGCAAAGCCUGGGGAGCCACAAUGGGACAGCCCCUGGGGUCCUGGAAGACCAGGAUGGCACAUUGAAUGCAGUGCCAUGAGUGCUCAUUACUUGACACACACAUUUGAUAUUCAUGGUGGCGGGAUGGAUUUGAUCUUUCCUCAUCAUGAAAAUGAGAUUGCUCAGAGUUGUGCUGCUUGCUCAGAGAGCAAGGUUAAUUACUGGAUACAUAAUGGUUUUGUUACAGCAAAUGAUGAGAAAAUGUCAAAAUCUGUUGGAAACUUUUUCACCAUUCGCGAGGUUACGAAAUUGUACCAUCCUCUUGCACUGAGGCACUUUCUCUUGGGAACUCACUACCGUUCUCCUGUCAAUUAUUCCAUUUCUCAGAUAGAAAUUGCUUCAGAGGCUGUUUUCUACAUAUAUCAGACUCUUAAGGAUUGUGAAGAUGCGUUGUCUGCAUUUAGAGAAGAUGCUGGACUCAACAAUCCAAAAGUUCGUAUCAGCCCUGCUGCCCAAGAAUGUAUAAGUAAGCUGCAUAACGAUUUCGAGACAAAACUAGCUGAUGAUCUGCACACACCCACCAUCCUAAAUUCUUCCCUGCAAGAAGCAUUCAAAUACAUCAACACGAGUGUAAACUCAUUUAAGAAGAAGCAGCAGAAGCAACAACAAUUAUCCAUUGUUAAGUCGCUUAUCGAUCUAGAGAUAGAGAUCAAGCAAGUUCUCAGCACUCUUGGAUUACUUUCCAGUUCCACUUACGCUGAGGUCUUGGAACAACUGAAAGACAAGGCUCUGAAAAGGGCAGAGUUGACUGAAGAGGAUAUUCUCCAAUCAAUCGAGGAAAGAACACUAGCCCGAAAGAACAAAGAGUUCUCGAGAAGCGAUCAGAUCAGGAGUGAUCUUGCUGCAAAGGGAAUCGCAUUAAUGGAUGUCGGGAAUGGCACUGUCUGGAGGCCCUGUGUGCCAGCUCAACCGGAGAGCAGUCAGGCUGAUACCAAAAAGGCGCCGCCUGCUCAAACGGAGAGCGGUCAGGCUGAUACCAAAAAUGUGCCGCCUGCUCAACCGGAGAGCGCUCAGGUUGAUACCAAAAAUGCGCAGCCUGCUGAAAAAGGUCAGCUGGCUAAACCAACCGAUAAAUAGAAGUUCCGAACAACAGAUAGAUAGUCCUUUCUACUCCAAGAAUUCGGACUAUUGACCAAGAAAUUUGUAACUUAUUUGUAAGCUUUGUAGCUCUGAAUCUCUGAUGCAUAAACUCCAUCCUUUUUUUUCUUUAUAGAUAUUUUUAUGUUUUUUUUUUC